AUGAAAAGUGAUCUGGGAGGAUCCAACAGCACUCGGGUGACCUUGAGGGCGGCGGACAAAGACCUGACUGGGAUUUACAAGUGCGAGGUGUCCGCUGACGCGCCGCUAUUCCACACCGCGAUAAGGACAGCCCACCUGGUCGUCACGGUGGAGCCAGAGAGCGGUCCAGAGAUCCAGCUGGAGAAGACCAAGUACACUCCUGGAGAGAGGUUGAGAGCCAACUGCAGCUCCAGGCCUGCCUUUCCAGCGGCCAACCUCACCUUCUAUAUCAAUGGAGCAAAGGUAAAUAAUAAUAAGAUAAUAUGA